AUGUCAACAAAUGAUGGAAAAUUUGAGCUAAAAGAUGAUGCUAGCAAUUGUAGCAACAGCUUGUCCUCAGAAAAUGGUAAGCUAAUGGAUGCCAAUGCAGUCCUGCCAAGGAACCAAAGAACUUCACAAAUGGAGACCCUAAAAGUACCAUGUUCUCCUGAAAUGCAAAAGAGACAUGGGUUUGAAUCAACAUCAAUCAAGGUUUUCAUGGAAGGCAUAUACCAUUUUUGCAAUUCCAAAAUAGAAGAUUCUGGACCUAAACAAGGAAGGAUUGGAAGUAAAGUAGAAAAGAAUAGUCCCGACCCAUCUUGCCAGCUCCCCUAGACGACACGACAUUAUCGUUCAAAUAUAGGCGGGUCUUACUUGUGAUGGUUCCCAAGGAUCCAAUGUGAUCACUUAGGUAUCGUGGAAUCUUUAUUUUUCUAUUGUGUUUUUUAUUUGUGUAAUGUGUUAGUGUGCGUUUAUUACUAUGUGUAUUUUUAAUAUUGUUUGUGUAUUCAUUGUGUUUUAGUGUGUGAUUUUUAUGUGUUAGUGUGUUCUUUAUAUGUGUAUAUGUGUGUAUUUUUAUAGCGUUGUGACUAUUUUAAUGUUUUAGACAAUUUAUUUAUGGGUUUAAGGAUAUGACCAAAUCAGUUAUAACUCAUUCGUUAAACAGGUGGAAAAUGAACCGGGAAUGGAUUACACCCAACUCAUCGUCAAUCCACCCACAAUCCAGCAAAACUUUUGAAUUUGUCACCUCUUGCUUUCUGUGCUAUGCACACGCACAUUGAUAAUGUAGAGAUGGUGAAGAUGAUAGAGCUACUAGAGUAGUUUGUGUCUUACGUUUACUACCAAGUUUGUACACACAACUUUAGUGCCUUCCGAAAAUUGGUUAUUUCCGAUCAUAACUUUUAUAUGCAACUUCAUUGGCCUACAAUCGCGGGUAAUAUUUUGCUUUAAUUUAUCUCUAUUUGGUCAUCAUGUUAAAAGUUUCUUGUCUGCAUCGUAAAAUCAUGUUUGCAUAGGGGUUGUAGGAAAGGUUGUCCAUCUUAAUAAAAUCACACUAUUCAUACAUGCCUAUAAUGAUGUGAGUUGCGUUGUCGCUUAUUUAAUAUUUAUGUCAGAUUUUCUUGGUCAUUGGUCAUUUUUAAUCUCUAGAAAUAAAGGAGGCUAUAUAACAAUGUGAACAGUACUUAUAAUAUUUUUUGUUGUGAUAUGAGAUAUCCCUUUUAGUUAUAAUUUACCCUAAGGAAUAGCUAGAGACAAGACCAAUGCUACAUGUAGGAGUGAUAAUCCUUAUCUAUUAGUGGCCAAUAUGUUUACAAAUUAGAGGGUUUGGUAAGUACUCAUCCUUAACCCUCACUUACUCCACAAAUGCAAACACCACCACCAUCAUCCUAA